AUGGGGGAAGUUCGAGUCUUGAACGUCACCCGCGUCUCGCUCUCACCACUUGAAGGCCCCUGUCCGGAACCCGUCAAGCUCUCCUUCUUCGACGCCAAAUGGAUUCGUUUCCCUCCCCUGCAACGGGUGCUGCUGUUCAGCACCGACCGCCCGAUCCCCUCCCUCGUCGAAGAGCUCAGGGAGUCCCUCUCCCGGACGCUUUCUCGUUAUUAUGCCCUCGCCGGGAAGUUCACCGCGGUCGACGGCACCGGCAACCUCAUGAUAAGUUUCUCCGGCGACGGAGGCGACGGGGUCGAUUUCCUUUGGGCAGAGGCGGAGGGGAUCGAUUUCCAACGGCUCACGGACAUCCAGCACUACGACGAGGAGGCGUUCUUGUCUCUUGUGCCGGUCUUAGAGGCGAGUCAGCUUCCGGCUCCGGUGUUCUCCGUGCAAGUCACCGGUUUUCCUGGGAGAGGUGUGGUAAUUGGGUUCUCUAUGCACCACAUGGCCGCCGAUGGUAAGGCCAUAUGGCAGUUCGUUGAUGCGUGGGCGGCGGAGUGCCGGAUAUCGUCCGGCGGAGGGGCAUCGAGUCUCCCGGAGCCAUUGCAUGACCGGUCGGUCAUAAGUCACCCCCGAGCGGAAGAGAUUGCCAGGAGUAUCGUGAGGACCGUCGCUCCCAACCUCCCAAGCGUAAGCUCAAUGGCUCUGUCACCGUGUCUCUUUCUCUAUCUAUCCAUUUACCUAUAUCUAAAUAGCUGAAACAUGCGUCAUGGCUGAUUUCAGUUAUCCGACUCUUUGAUGAAAUUCUACGAUCCGCGUAAGUUGUCACGGAGAACCUUCAUCGUCAAGAUGGAGAGCAUCGCCUCCCUAAAGGACCGAGGCACCGCUACUCACCGGCCCUCGGCGUUCGCCGCCCUGGCCGCCCACAUCUGGCUGAGCAUCGUCAGAGCGAAGGGCAUUCCACCGGACGACCUUAUCUGUCCCUUCCUUUUCGAAGCUGACUGCCGCCGUCGCCUUGACCCUCCCGUCGAGGACCGCUACUUCGGCAACUGCGUCAAGCCCUGCUUGGCCGUGGCCAAGGCGUCGGAGCUGCUGGCCGGUGACGAUGAGGGGAUUAAGACGGCCUGCGCAGCGGUGCGGAGAGCGGUCCAGGAGGCUACUAGAGAACCGUUGAGUGACAUUGAGCGCUGGACAACUAAGUCGGUUCUUACGGGUUUUCCGAUCGAGAGACUAGCGAAUGUGUCGGGGUCGCCGAGGUUCCGGGUGUACGAUGCGGAUUUUGGCUGGGGGGGCCCUAGGAGGGUGGAGAUGGUAUCAAUGAACGGGAACGGGGAGGUGGCACUGUUAGCGGCAAGGGAUGAAGAAGGUAGCGUGCAGCUGUCGGUAUCCAUCUCACGGUUGUGUAUGGAUGCUUUCGCCUCCUCCUUUGUGGAUGGUCUGCAGGAAUGA